AUGGCGAAGAAAAGCAAAAAGUCGGCUGAGCACAAAGAGCGGGUGGCUGCGAAACAGUCGAAGAAGACCGCGCAGAAGGAGAAAAAGUCCAAGGCCAAGGGCAAAGACGUUGAUAGCGAUGCCGAGGACGCCGACUUGGACGCCAUCCUGGCCCAAUAUGCUGAAGAGCAAGCUAAGUUUCUGAAGGUCACUGAGGUCCCGUCGGGUUCUCCUUCACCGCGAAGCUCUGCGACUAUUCUGGCAUCGCCGUCCAAUCGCAAUGAGAUCCUUCUGUUCGGCGGCGAGUACUUUGACGGCACCCACGCGUCGUUCUUCAACAACCUCUUUGUGUAUCAGAUCGACCGAGGCGAGUGGAAAGAAGUAACAAGUCCCAACAGCCCACUUCCUCGCAGUGGACAUGCCUGGUGUCGUGGCGGUAAUUCUGGAGGCGUGUAUCUGUUCGGAGGUGAAUUUUCGUCACCCAAACAAGGCACCUUCUAUCAUUACAACGACUUCUGGCAUCUGGACCCGGCCACUCGCGAAUGGACUCGCCUCGAGAUCAAGGGCAAGGGCCCCCCAGCGAGAAGUGGCCACCGAAUGACCUACUUCAAGAACUACAUCAUUCUCUUUGGAGGAUUCCAAGACACAUCCCAACAGACCAAGUAUUUACAAGACCUGUGGAUCUAUGACUGCGCCAAGUACACCUGGUUCAACCCACCAUUGACCACGGCUUCCCAGAAGCCUGAUCCUCGCUCAUCAUUCUCUUUCUUGCCACAUGACACUGGUGCAAAGAUGGCCCUGAAACCCAUGGUCCAUCAAGACACUUGGUUCCUGAGGAUCACACCCCCAGAAACAGAGUCGGCGGCGACUUCGACUGGUCCAGCUGUCCGCUGGGAGCGUAGGAAGAAGCCUGCCAACACGCCCAACCCGCCUAGAGUAGGCACUACAAUGGCUUACCACAAGGGUCGCGGUAUCAUGUUUGGAGGCGUUCACGAUGUAGAGCUCACCGAAGAGGGCAUGGACAGUGAAUUCUUUGACACGCUAUUUGCAUGGACGACGGAUCGCAAUCGAUUCUUCCCGUUGUCUCUUCGUCGUCCUCGUACAGGUGGCAAGAAACAGCAACCUAACCAAGCGAACAAGUCACGCAACCGUGCCAAGGUCAACGAAGAAGAACUUCUGGAAAAUCUCAAAGCUCUCGAAGCAAAGCAAGGACUGCGCACGUCUGAAUCAGACGACGAGGAUGACUUCAUGAAGCCGAAGGAGGAGGAGGAAGAGCCUUCUGAACCCUCUCGGCCUUCUAUCGUGCGAUUCGAAAUGCCACACAAGAGAUUCAACGCUCAGCUCACUGUGCAAGACGACACCCUGUUCAUUUACGGGGGCACAUUCGAAAAGGGUGACCGAGAAUUCACAUUCAACGACAUGUACUCGAUUGAUCUAGUGAAGCUUGAUGGCGUAAAGGAACUGUUCUACGUUGAGCCCACGAACUGGAACCUCCUGAACGAGGAAGACAGCGACGAAGAGAUGGACGACGAUGAAGAAGAAGAAGACGACGAGGAAAUGGAGGAUGAAGCAGGAGACGCAAUGUCUCUCGACACCUCAUCACCAGCACCGACCGAGCUUACUGUGCCAUCCGUCACGCAAGGUAUGGAGCAACUCGAAGUCGAGGAAGAGCAGGAUGCAGAUCAACCAGCAGAUACUCGUCCGCAGCCUCGACCCUUUGAGAGCUUGCGAGAGUUCUUCAGUCGAACGUCUGAGGAUUGGCAGAACAUUCUUCUCGAGGUUCUUGCAUGGAAGGGCCAGGCUGAAAAUAAGUCAGUCAAGGAGAUUCGAAAGCUGGCCUUUGACAUGGCGGAAGAAAAGUGGUGGGAUAGCCGGGAGGAAAUCCUUGCCCUGGAAGAUGAGCAAGAGGCAGCAGGCAUCGGAGAGGUCGUCAGCAUGCAGGACCGUGCUGAGACUGUUGGUGGCGCCGGCCGGCGCCGUUAA